AUGCACGCGCACUGGGGAGGGCGGCGUCGCGUCAGGCGACGGCAGGGAGGCGGGAAGGUGGUGGCGCGCGGCUGGGGGAGUGGGGAACUGCGUGUGGUGCCGUGGCUGGGGGCAGGAAAGGGGAGCAUAGGCGUGCCGGGCGGCGCCGGGGACAGCCAGAGACGAAGCAGGAGGAAGUGCGGAAUGCCAAUGGGGUGGGGUGAGGGGCGUCUGCACCCGCUUGCACAGUCGCCCCACUGGGAUGAGGCUGCAAACGCAGGGCGGAGGCAGUGUAUUUCUGAGGCGGCAGCUGCGGCACCGUGCCGGUGGUCGCACUGUUGUUUUGCGGCCGCUUCUCCACUCGUGCCUCCGGGCGCAUGGCGCAAAGUCACUGGCGUGUCUUCUGGCACCGCCCCCGCACGCGCAUUGCGCCUGCAGAUAAGACCUCGUGGCCUUCCAGUUGGUGGGGACGCGUUUCCCACUGCAGAGUGCCCCAAUGCUGUGCGUCUUUGCAUUCAUCCUGCCUUCCCCCUUUUUGAGUUCCGGACAGCCACGUCGUGGGCAAGACGAGGCCCAAGAGGUGCGUAUUCGUAUCUACAUGUAUGUGGCUGCGCAAAUAUGAGAUGCUCUCCCAUAAGUGGCAUAUAUUGCUUUGCGUAUUGGCGUUGGUGUG